AAAGAAAAUAAUAUGCUCUUAAUUUAAAAAAAAGUGUUUUAAAAGUAAAAAAGAAACUUAAUAAAAAACCUAAAACGGGGAUUAUUGUAUUAAAAAGAAAAAUUUAAUAAAACAAACAAAAUGGAAUUCAUAUUACGAGUACCCUGCCUAGAAGGCUCUAAUGAUAUAACUUGCAAAAAUUGUCACAUCUGCCUCAACCACUGCUCCUCCUACAUCUCCUCAGCGGCCUUAAAUACCAACAGCAGCAGCUCUACAAAACAACACAGCUACAGCCCACAAACAUCCAAAAUAAGCAGUAACAAUAAUAAUAAUACCUCUGCCACUACAACAACCAGCUCUUCAACGAUCUUAACCCUAAAACGCCUAUGCACUUUCCUGCUUUUAUUGAAUCUAUUCUCAACAGCCGCAGGUUGUGGUCCCGGUCGAGGUAUUGGCGGUCCUAGACCAAAACGUAAAUUAACCCCUUUAGUAUUUAAACAGCAUGUACCAAAUAUGUCCGAACAAACAUUGGGAGCUUCGGGUAUUAGCGAAGGUGCCAUCAAUCGUGAUUCGGCUAAAUUUAAAAAAUUGGAAUUUAACAAUAAUCGAGAUAUUAUAUUUAAGGAUGAAGAGGGUACCGGUGCCGAUCAUGUUAUGACCAGGCGCUGCAAAGAAAAACUUAAUACAUUGGCCAUAUCGGUUAUGAAUCAAUGGCCGGGUGUACGGUUACGUGUUACCGAAAGUUGGGAUGAAGAAUAUUUACACGAUGCAAAUUCUUUACAUUAUGAGGGACGAGCUGUUGAUAUUACCACCUCAGAUCGUGAUCGCAGCAAAUAUGGCAUGUUGGCACGUUUAGCUGUGGAGGCUGGUUUCGAUUGGGUCUACUAUGAAACCAGAGCUCAUAUACACUGUUCAGUUAAAUCUGAUUCUUCUCAUACCCCUCAUGAUAGUGGUUGUUUUACCAAAGACAGUACGGUUUUACUGCAAAGCGGCGAACGCAAAGCUAUGAGUGAUCUUGUUAUAGGAGAUCAAGUACUUAGCAUGAAUGCUAAAGGAGAAGCCAUUUACAGUGAGAUCAUUUUAUUUAUGGAUCGUAAUUUGGAAUUGGCUCAAGAAUUUGUGCAAUUAACCACCGAUACGGGUGUCCAAUUGACCGUUACUCCGGCUCAUUUGGUUAUGGUUUGGAACUCGGCUAAACAAUUGGCGGAUUAUGUAUUUGCUGAUCGUGUGGAAGAGGGAGAUCAAGUAUUUGUUUAUGAUCACACUGGUCUCUUAAGGCCUCAAAAAGUAGUGGACUUAAAGGCUGUUUUAAGAAAAGGUGUGGUAGCUCCUUUAACCCGUGAGGGCACUAUAGUGGUUAACUCCGUGGCUGCCUCCUGUUAUGCCAUAGUUAAUAGUCAAUCUUUGGCUCAUUGGAGUUUGGCUCCUUUGCGUGUUUGGUCCGCUCUUAAGGAGAGACUUUUCUCAACAUCUUCUUCAACGGGCAAAAGUCAGCACACGUCUACCGGCCAAUUGCAAAAUGGUGUACACUGGUAUGCCAAAACUUUAUAUUCGAUUAAGAAUUUUGUAUUACCCAAAUCCUGGAGACACUAGUAGCAGAACAAAAAGAACUUGGAUUUGAAAGCUGGCAAAUAUUUCCCGUCUAGAAUUGUUCUUUUGUUUUUUUGUCAUCAUGUCUUUAGUUACUAAGUAGGCAAUCUAAUGCAAAAUUUGCAAAAAUAUAUAAUUAAUUUAUUUUAUUAUUUUUACUACUUAAGCAAUUACCUGUUAUAUGUAUUUAUCAAUUAUGAAUCAAUUGCGCUUGCGCAAUCUAGAAUAUAAGUUUAUUUAAACAAAAUAUUUAUAAAACAAAUUAUCUAAAAAAAUUAAAUGAAAUUAAAGAAAUUAUAAUGUUUAGUUUUGAAAAUAUUUCACAUUUUCUAAAGAAUUGAAAACUUUUUCUAUUAGAAAAUUGUGAUUUUAAAAAAAGUUUUCCUUUAAAACUACCGAAAAUUUUAAAAAUCUUUAAAAAUUUCAAGAAUUUAGUUUCUUUGCAUCAUUAUUAUUUGAAGAAUAAAAUCCAAAUAUAUUUUUAAAAAAAUAAUUUCUAAUGUAAAUAUUGUAAUAAAAAAUAAAAUUAUGUAUAAAUCCAAUUGUUUAUAAUAAAAGUGACUGAAACUAUUAUUAAAUAAACAA